UAUAAGAACGACAAAAAUGUUACAGUAGACAUGCUUCAGAAAAUUCAACUAAUUUUAACUGAUCCUGAUUUGCAUUGCAACGUGUUUGCUCCUCCGGCCCCUAAUCCUUUACCCAAAGAAAUAUAUUUAUGUAGUGAAGGUCACCUGACAAAAGGUGCCUGCAGAGGAGAUUCAGGAGGGCCAAUAUAUAAUGAAGAAUUAAAACUUCAGCUUGGUUUUACGAGUUUUGGAGGAAAUGUCUGUGGACAAUCAACUCCUAUGGUUUUUGUCCGGAUUUCAUACUAUAUAGAUUGGAUAACCUCUAUCACGGGUACAUUGGUGAAAACUUUUCCAUAUUCUAACCAUACGAAAGUGACGUGCGAACUAAAGCCUUGUUUGAACUCGGGUCGCUGCUUACUGCAAAAGAGUACUUACAUCUGUCAGUGUGCAGAGGGGUAUUCAGGUCCUUUCUGCGAGGUGGAGCUAAGUAACUAAGAACCAACUUGAUUUGAUGAGCGACUUCGCAGACAAGAAUGUAAUGCACUCUAUUAUUUUGUAUAUAUAAAAGGCUCAG